GAGGGCCGGUUGUUGCGCUGCAGUUGGCAGGCUGCUGCGGGAGGCGGUGGCGGUAAGAAGCCGGAGGCAGCGGGGUGACAGGAAAGUGGAGAGCCUCAAGAACUUAUAUAUACUACGAGAAUUGGAAAAUAUUUGUCUCAACAAAUGAAUUCCACACUUGAACUCUGCUGCAUUCCUGUGCCACCUCCUCCAUUAGAACACUGAUCUUAGAACAGAGAGAGAAAAGAGGAAUAGAAGAUAGAAGAAGAUGCUGGGAUCUGAACGUGCUGUUGUGGAAGAAUGGUUAUCAGAAUUCAAGGCAUUACCUGACACUCAGAUCACCAAUUAUGCAGCAACUUUACACCGGAAAAAAACACUGGUACCUGCCCUCUAUAAAGUUAUUCAGGAUUCGAAUAAUGAGCUCCUGGAGCCUGUCUGCCACCAGCUGUUUGAACUUUAUCGUAGCUCUGAAGUUCGACUUAAGAGAUUCACACUGCAGUUCUUGCCAGAAUUAAUGUGGGUUUAUUUACGGCUUACAGUUAGCCGAGACAGGCAGAGUAAUGGUUGCAUUGAAGCACUUCUGUUAGGAAUUUACAAUUUGGAAAUUGCUGAUAAAGAUGGAAACAAUAAAGUUCUGUCCUUUACUAUCCCUUCCUUAUCUAAGCCUUCAAUAUACCACGAGCCCUCAACAAUCGGAUCCAUGGCUUUGACAGAAGGGGCAUUGUGUCAGCAUGAUCUCAUCAGGGUUGUUUACAGUGAUCUUCAUCCUCAGAGGGAAACAUUCACCGCACAAAACAGGUUUGAGGUCCUGAGUUUUCUCAUGUUAUGUUAUAAUUCUGCUAUUGUGUAUAUGCCUGCUUCAUCUUACCAGUCUCUUUGUCGAAUGGGCUCCAGGGUUUGUGUGAGUGGGUUUCCACGGCAACAUGAAAAACACUGGAAAGAACUCUGUGGUCGGAUAGUGUUGGAUCCCGAAUUUAUGGUGCAACUUCUCACAGGGGUUUAUUAUGCCAUGUAUAAUGGACAGUGGGACCUUGGCCAGGAAGUUCUUGAUGAUAUCAUUUAUAGAGCUCAGUUAGAACUCUUUUCUCAACCACUAUUGGUUGCCAAUGCCAUGAAAAACUCGUUACCAUUUGAUGCUCCCGAUUCUUCACAAGAAGGCCAGAAAGUACUUAAAGUCGAAGUCACUCCAACAGUGCCGAGGAUUUCUCGGACUGCGAUUACAACAGCUUCAAUCCGUCGCCAUAGAUGGAGGAGAGAAGAUGGCUUUGACUUCUCAAACGAGGCUGACUCGAGUAUUCCUGGCUCCCCGAUCCAACACGGCUCCACUGACCUAGGGAUCAAACGUGUGCAAGAGGGGGAGGUGCUGGUGCGCAGGACCCCUGAGCACGGCUCACCGGAGCCCAACUCAGCAGCAGCCACAACAGAGGGUGCUGAGGGUAUAAAUGGAGGAGAGGAGUUGGUAAACCUGAAUGAUGCAGACGAAGGAUUUUCAUCAGGGGCUUCCCUCAGCAGCCAGCCAGUUGGGACCAAGCCAUCUUCCUCUUCUCAGAGGGGAAGCUUAAGGAAAGUAGCAACUGGGCGUUCAGCCAAGGAUAAAGAAGCAACCUCUGCCGUCAAAUCCACUGAGAGCCCUCGAGAUUCAGUAGUUCGCAGGCAGUAUGUACAGCAGCCAACUGAUCUUAGUGUAGAUUCAAUUGAGCUGACACCGAUGAAGAAACACCUGAGCCUUCCCGCUGGCCAGGUGGUGCCAAAAACUAAUAGUUUAAGUCUAAUCCGGACAGCCAGUGCUUCCUCAAGUAAAUCAUUUGACUAUGUAAAUGGCAGUCAAGCAAGUACCAGCAUUGGGGUUGGCACUGAGGGAGUCACUAAUUUAGCAGCUAACAAUGCUAAUCGAUAUUCAACUAUCAGUCUACAGGAAGACCGGCUAGGUCAAGCUGGAGAAGGCAAAGAGCUUCUCAGCCCAGGAGCUCCCUUAACCAAGCAGUCUCGAUCCCCAAGUUUCAAUAUGCAGCUAAUAUCCCAGGUGUAGUCUUGACAUCCUCUCUCAUCUUUCCGCUUACCUUUUAAACUGAACAUUUCAUUGUGAAGAAGACACUUCAUCCCAUAUUGUGAAAAUAUUGGUCAUCUUAAACAGUUCUGAUUUAGUUUAGGUAUCUUCAUACUGUAUUUUGUAUGGAAACAGCAAUAAGGUUUUCUUUUCCCUUCUCCCUAUCAUCUUCUCUUCACCUAUUCCUUGUAAAUGUGUUUGUGAAGCAGUAUAAAAUGUUUGCGUUUUCCAUGCCUUCCUUUCUCCUUGGGUGAAGUGCAAUCCAUCGUAGGCUGAUCGGUCCCAUUUCAACACUGUGAGACUGAGGAUACGUUAGAGGAAAUGGUGUAUAUGAUCCCUAUGAAUGAUUCUUUGGCUUUCGUUUAAAAAAACAAAAAACAAAAAACGGGUUCUCAUAAUCUAUAGAACUAUGAAGAUUACUGGAUCAUAUUUUUUCUGUCUUAACCAGGAGUGCCUCAGAGAUUCUGCUAUGACUUUGGACUUCUCUGAGUCUGUGCAAUCAUUUUCUUGAGAAGCGUGGGAAAGGUGGUAGACGGCUGCACUUUUUCAUUAAAAUGAGGGUGGCUUUUUUCCUCCCAUCUCCUUUUUCUCGAGGACACAUAUGUUCAGUUAUUGAGGCAUUUAAAUCAAGUUGUGGCCACCUCCUGUUGGAGGACAGGCGCUAAGCUGAUUGUGUAAUUGAUAAUGCACUUUCUCAAUGGCUCUUUAGUCAUUAUUAACAUGUCUUCCCUCCUCCCCACAAGGACAUAAGGUCAUUUCUGUCCUUCAAGUUGAACAGCUAAUAAAUCAGAGAAUCCAAGGGGCAUGUUCUAUUUCCCAGGAAUGAUUGACACUUUGGUGCUGGGGUUUUAUGGGGGGAGGGGGCAGUUUUUGUUUAGCUUGCGUGAGAUUGUGUGUGUGAGGGGGAGUUUCGAUUUUUUUCUUUUCUUUUGUGAGCUGAUGAUGACUGAAGUAGAACAAGUACGUCUUCAGGUAAAGAGAGGGAUUUCUCAACCCACUUUCUAUGAUGUCAGACUAUUGGAGAAACCCUUUCAGCUGCUUUCUAGAUGUACCUAAAUUCAGUCAGAUAUUUUGAAUUAAGAAACCUGAAGUCCUGAUAGAUCAUAUACUCCAAGGAAAUAUAUCAGGGACAGAUAAUUGGCUGAAAACACUGAUGCUUCAAUGUGACACAUUUUUAUAGAACAUUUCUACCAGGGGGUUCUGAUUUGAUUUCUCCUACAAUGAACCACACUGCCUUUGUGUUUAAUGUAAUGCAAUUUGUGUACCUUCUAAUCAUAUAUCUGCAAGUUUCUCAUUUUUAUAAAACUUUGAAAUCAUGCCAGUAAGCUAGAUGUUGAAUGUAUGUAAGUAGCAUUUGGUAACUGUACUAAGAGGCUACAAAAAUGCAUUAUUGGUUUUUAAAAUUUUUUCUUUUUAGUUCUGAUUUGGUUGGAUAGAAUUUCAUUAUGACCUCUUCUGGGUCUCAGGCUCUAAUGCUUGAUUGAAAGAGAAAAGAAUAUAUUGUUUUUUGAAAAUUAGUGUAUUGUGACUUGAACUGCUGUAUGUUCUUCCACACAAUAUGUCAGAGCUAUUAGUGCUUUGUACAUUUAGACAUUUUUAUUUUAUUACUGUGAAAGAAAAAUAUACUGACUAUAUAGAAAGCAAGUAUUCUCCUAAUUAACAAAGUUUAAAAUUUUAUCUCUACUGAUUAAAAUCACAAUAGAUUUUGAUAAAUAAAAUAACCAGAAAAAUGCCUCUUGUUUUUUUCACACCUAAAAAUCCCCCUCCCCCCCCUUUUUUUAAUCGUAAGAGGUUUUUGGUUUUUUUUGAGUUUUCUUAAGGGACUUUUCUGUUAGAAUCUUUAUAAGAACGGUGAGAUGCUUGUUUGAAUUUGGAGGUGUGUAAUGUUUUUCAGCUCAUAUGAAAAUGGAAAACUAGAACCUGAACUAUGAUCUACAGUGUUGCCAAAGUUGGGGGUAAAGCUAAAAAUAGAGAUUUAUUGAGGUGUGUAUGUGUGUAUGUGUGGUGAGUGUAUGUAUAUAUCAGAAAGACAUAUUUUAGAUAUCCCUUUUAAUUUAAUUAAGGGAUGUCAGAUAAAUGAACUAAAAACAGCCAAAUAAGGCGUAAACUCCUAUAAUAUAUAAGGAAAGCAAAGUUUCAGGUAUGAAGAGAAAAGAGCAUUGUACUUAGCAGGGCUGAGAUCU